AUGUCUCAGUCACAGCUCCUGACGCCGGAGCAAACACACGCCCUCUUUGACAUUCUCACUCAUCACGAGACUUACUCUGAAAUCGAGGCCUUCAAAUCUGCAGACGCUGUUCUCACACAUGGAUUCCCUUUUCGCGAUGAACAGCAGCAAGCGCGCGCUGCCCAGAAAUCCGAUAUUGCCGCCCCGGCACCGACAAGCGGCGGCGGUGGGCUGACUGGCUUCGCGCUCAGUCUAUGGGGACGCUCUGGCAGCUCCGGUGCCACGCCGACGCCCUCAGCACCGGAUUCGCCGCGCGCAUACACGCCUUCGAUGGCGGAAUCGUCUCUGGAUAGCGACGGCAGCGAUGCGGAGGGUGACGAGGAAGACCUCAGCAAGCUGUCGGCCCUGCCGGUGAUGCAGCUACUCACGUCGACAUUUGUGAUGCGGCUACCGGCUCUCAAGACGAUGCCUAGAGACUUUUGGGCAGUGCGCGUACAAGGGCUGCUGAGCCGGUUCGCCGAGGCGGACCUAUCGGAGAGCUACGACAAAGGGACCAUGGGUGCGCGCAAGACGCUGGCCUCGGGAUCGGGAUCGGUCAUUGAAAUGAUUUCCAGAGGUUUUCUCGGCGGCGUUGGGAAAAAGACCGACGAGGCCCAGGGCGCGAAGCCAACCACGGAAGAGCUAAAGAAGAAAACGUACAAAUUACAAGACGGCCAGCAGCUUGUUCGUGCGUGGGAAGAUGUCCUCGAUGGACUGGUGUAUGGUGACUUGGUGGACAACAUGUUUGACUACCUCGCCGAGACGGAUAAGCUGGAGGAACACUCGGCCGCCGUUGAUGCAUCCAGCAGCUACAUUGUCUUUCAUCUCGCCGCGUUACUGCACCAAAUCUUCGCACUAAGCCCCGACGGCCAAUACCUUCUCAAGCUGCUAGACAACAUACACGGCUUGAUCCCCUACAAGAUGAUCAAACAGACGCUGCAUAUAGGCAAUGCUGCUACCAUGAUUAACGGAAUGAUGCGACUGCUGCUCGCCAAGCUAAGUGUCACUGGUCUGACAAACUGGCUCGGCGUCACCCAGAACGAGGACGACGGCAUGAACUUACUGCAAAACAUUAUUUCUCUUGUGCUGUCCCGGGACGCUAGCGAGUUUAAAAAGAUCAUCCACCGCAUCGACAAGAUGCAGGCCAAAGACGCGCCGACCGAGGAGAUGCUCGAGGCGAUUCAGGCAUGUGCCACGAGCAGUAAGGCGGAGCACGAGGCGCUGCGGAAGAUGAGCCUCGAGGCCAAGGAAUCCAUCAUCGUGUCCAUGCUCAAGGCGCGCGACCCGACGCUCGUGAGCCAGCUGAGCGAGGCGCAGCACGCGCUGUGUCUCGAGUACUACUCGGCGCUGCUGUCAAUUCGCGACCGCGACGCCAUCACCAAGGUGCUGUGCCGACAGCCGCCGGAUCUUUUCACCAAGGCGUUGAAGGAGGCGACCGCGGCGUACAACCCGAUGAUCCGCGUGGUACAUGAGCGUAUUGAUCUCGGCGACCACCUGCAGGAUCUGCAGGAGUUCAUCUCGCAGUUUGUCCGCGUGACCACACCAAAAGGUGGCCAGGGCGGCACCGUCACGGUGGAGGACUACGUCAAGCUGCUCAACGACCACAAGCCGCUGCUGCAUAAGUUUGUUCACGUUGUGGCGAAGAAGUGCCCCGAGGUGUGGCGUGACUUUCGCGAAUGGAGCAACGCCUCUAUUGUGCGCUUCCGGCAGGAGACAGUGGACACAACUAGCGAAGAAGACGGCAAGAAGAGAAGCGUCAUGGAGGAGGCACUCGGCGGGCUCGUGGCCGGGCUAGACGAUGCUGCUCGGAAGUCGGUGCUCGCCGCCGUGGACACUCACGCUAGCUACCUCGCGACCUUGAAAAAGGGCUCCGACGCCCGCCUCGCCCAGCUAGCUGCUCGAGCAGGCACGGAUGAUGAAGCGCCAGUCGGCGAUGGUGACGGCAGCUGGGGACCAGGCAUCUACCUCGCGCGCUGGCAGGACAUUCUCGACGACACGCUCAUCACUGCCGGUGACGCCGGACAGCCGACCAAGGUGCGCCGCGGAGCCGACGUCCGGCACCUGACGACGCAAGGCAAGACGGGCGUCGCGGGCGGUGACCUUGCGGCAGGACAAGCAGCCGAGGCUGGGCAGAGGACGAUGCCGCGCGCGCCGGACGUGGAGGUUGUUGUGAAGGAGCUAGGUGAGGCGUUUAGCGCGCUGAUGCAGGCUGUGAAUAUGGAACGCCGGGUCUUUGGGAAGAAAUAG